AUGGUAACCAGUAUCAAGUGUUUCAUUGUGGCGUGUCUAAAAAUCGAUUACAAUACAUUUGUCGGCAGCUGUAUAUGGCUCAGUGCAUGUGUAGCAUUUCAACGUGGUCUAAUUGUAUGUUUCGAUAGUAGAGCACACGUUACUCGAUGGCGACUCUUUGUUACUCUGAUAGUUUUCUUUUCAAUUGCUAUUGCCUCGGCCACACCAGUGGUAAUGCACAAGUGUGGCUGGGAUAAUAUACCCGGGUUACAGACUGUAGGUGCUGUUUUCAUCUGUUUUUACAUUGCUACAGGACCUACAAUUUAUGCACUAGCAACUGUAUUGGUCUUAAUUAGUUUCCCACGUCGUAUACGUCGAUACGGGACAGAGAAUGGCUCAUUCAUACAAACAUUUCUUAAACUAUUAUAUUCACAUAUGUUCAUUUUUAUACCACCACUUGCCUAUGGUUUUAGUUAUGUUCCGUAUGCUAUUGCCGAAGGGGCGAGAGAUAGUUCUAAACAUUCGUAUUUUCAAUGUGGUAUUUCAACAGGAGAAUAUAUUAUCAAAGUUUUGGCAGAAAUCCUACAGAGUAUACCGACUGCUAUCACAUGGUUAAUCUUUAUAUAUCCAUCAACAGUUUAUAUGGCCGAAGUUUACAUGAACACAUGGUCAGGACAGCAUUUAGCUAAAAUUUUACUGCUCCUUAAGCGAAAUAAGGACAAAAAUAAUAUUUCUCAUACUUCUAGUACAAGCGUCGUGGCUGACGAAUUUGAUAAUAGAGAGUUACGCUUGGUAAAUUAA